AUGGAAAAUGAAAAAGAGAGAUAUCUUAGUGCAAUCAAUAUCAAUCCAAAUGAUAUAGAAGCACUCUUCCAACUUGCAAUGACACUAGAUCAUAAUGAUCAAGUAGUAAUCACACAUCUAUCAGGUGAAUCAAUGACCAAAGAAAAACUCCUAUUGAAAGUCAUCUCUCUGGAUCCAAAUUUUGCCAAUGCUUAUUACAAACUGGCAAUAGUUAUUUCAGAUGAGAAUCGAGCGUCUAUCGUACUUCAAUCAGGUGAAUCAAUGACAGAACAAAAAUUAUACUUGAAGGCAAUAGAGUGUGAUCCAACUUAUCCAGAUUCAUAUCAUAACCUUGCAUUUACCCUUACAAAUGGUCAAGCAAUCACACUCAAUAAUGGACAACCAAUGACAAAACAACAAUUAUAUUUGAAAGCAAUAGAGUAUGAUCCAACUUGUCCAGAUUCAUAUGAUAAUCUUGCAUCGACACUUACAACUGUCGAACAUAUUACAUUACACAAUGGACAAUCAAUGACAAAACAACAAUUAUAUUUGAAAGCAAUAGAGUAUGAUCAAACAUAUUCAGAUUCAUAUGAUAAUCUUGCAUCGACACUUACAAGGAGUGAUUCAAUCAAAUUGCACAAUGGACAACCAAUCACAAAACAACAAUUAUUAUUGAAAGCAAUAGAGUAUGAUCCAACCAAUUCCAAAUUAUAUUAUAGACUUGCAUCAACACUUUCAAAAAACCAAUCAGUCACACUCAAUAAUGGACUAUCAAUGACUCAACAACAAUUAUUCUUGAAAGCAAUUGAGCAUAUUCCAACACAUUCAGAUACAUAUAAUAACCUUGCGGUGACUCUUUCAAAUGGUGAAUCAAUAACACUCAACAAUGGACAAUCAAUGACAAAACAACAAUUACUAUUGAAAGCAAUAGAGUAUAAGCCAACUAAUUCCAGACUAUACUAUAGACUUGCAUUAACUCUUACAAAAAGAAAAUCAAUUAAGUUACACACUGGACAAACCAUGACAAAACAACAAUUAUACCUUAAAGCAAUUGAGUAUGAUCCAAGUCAUGCAAAUUCAUAUUUUAACCUUGCGGCGACUCUUUCAAGUGGUGGAUCAAUCACACUCAACAAUGGACAAUCAAUGACAGAACAACAAUUAUACUUGAAAACAAUAGAAUGUGAUCCAAAACUUUCACGUUCAUAUCAUAACCUUGCAGAUACACUCUCACAUAACGAAUCAAUCAUUUUGAAUAAUGGACGAUCAAUGAAUAGAAAACAACUAUUGUUGCUCGCAAUAGAAUAUGAUCCAACUUAUGCCAAAUCUUAUUUUGAUCUUGCAAUAAUACUCUCAAGUGGUACUUCAAUCACGUUACACAAUGGACAAUCAAUGACAAAACAGCAGCUAUUGUUUGAAGCACUCAAAUUAGAUCACACACGAUCAUCGAUAUACAAAGAAAUUGGAUUAACUCUUCUGAACAACAAAUAUACUAUACACUUUCCAGAUGGGGAACAAAUAUCAAGAAGACAGCUCCUUCAAAAAGCAAGACAAUUUAGAACAAAACGACCAAGAGAAUAA